UGCUUCCACCACCUCCACAGCCGCCGCCACCACCACCACCACUUCACCAGCUCUUUCCGCCAUGGGCUUCCCCUCCGUCUGCUACACCGUCAUCCUCCCUCGGCCCGUCGCCCUCGUCGUCCACCUCCUCGACCGCAUCAAGCUCGCCGUCUCCAUGGCCCUCUUCUGCCUCGGCCUCGCCUCCUCCCACGAGGACCACUUCCUCUUCCCCCUGCAGAUUCCCGACUUCCUCCCCCCCUCGUCCCCGGCCCUUCCCAUCCCCCCCUCCGCCAUCAAGACCAGGCUUCCCGUCGUCAGGUUCUCCCGCUUCAGGAUCGACGGACGCGACGCCGUCUGCUCCGUUUGCCUGGGGGCCUUGGAAGCCCGGCACGAGGUCAGGGAGCUCGGCAACUGCUCCCAUGCCUUCCACAAGGGCUGCAUCGAUAAGUGGGUGGACGUCGGACAGGUCACCUGCCCGCUGUGCAGAGCUCAGCUACUGCCCAAGGAAAGGGAGGAGGACGCAGUGGCCGCCGACUGAGACUCGUCAGGGCACGGACGGAGAAAGGGCGCCAAGUGAUUCCACUCAUCAAUAAUGUUGGUGAUGAACUGUAGCUGAUCAUUCCAAAGAGUUUCAUGUGCUGAGUCAAGAAAUCAGAAUCAUUCCUCUUCCAAAUCUUCUAUCUGCUGCACUAGAAACAAUGAUCUAAAUCUUAGCCAAUUCAGACUUCAUCAUCAUCUUUUUCCUUGUUCAGGACCUUCCUUUUCUGCUUUUUAACCUUUCUCUUUAUCCUUUCCUUGUUCAGUAGGCUUGCAGUUUGCUUUAGAGCAAGGAUAUCUUUCAGGCAAUUCACUUCCUUGAUCAAGCAUGAUAUGAACAUGCAACUGAAAACAGCUCAGGAGAGUCCAUCAUGGACAAUCUCCUUUGGUGUCUGGACACCUCUACACUUGAGGUUGGUGGAUCUUAAUGAGCCCCUUCAAUGCCAAGAAAAAGGUCACAUCUCAAGCUUCUUUUGCAGAUGGCAGGCAUAUUAGUGUCAACCAAGGGCACUCACUAUGGUUCUCUACUCUGACAUAUGCAAAUAUGAGUUUACCAUAUAUAUAUAUAUAUACCAUUUUUUCUUUAUUAUUUAUUUAUUUAUUUCACAAAGAUCUCAUCUGAGGCAGCAGAAUGAUAUCUAUCUGAUGUCAUGUUGUGAGAUCUUCAGAAAUAGGGCACAGUUCAGCUCUUGAAGGAUUCUUCUCAUCUUCUUCUUUGUGUAUUUAAAUCAAACAAACAA